CCCUAAUGCCUUCAUCUUCGAAGUUUGAAUUCUAGAUCUCUUCCCUUAUUAGCACACAGAAAGAGUUUUAUCGUAGUUUAGGGUUCCGCUGUAAGUUUACAGUGAAGUAGACGGGGAAAUUGAGAGCGAUGGGAGAACGGAAACGGAUCCCUAUGGGGCUCGUUAUGAUGCUCCUGCUAUUUGUUUGCUCUUCUGUUCAGUUACUUUCUGCUUCCGAUGAUAACGACGAUGCGAUUUUCUACGAGUCAUUUGAUGAGACUUUUGAAGGCCGUUGGAUUGUGUCGGAGAAGGAGGAAUACAAUGGUGUCUGGAAGCAUUCUGUGAGUGAGGGCCAUGAAGAUUAUGGACUUCUCGUUAGCGAGCAAGCAAGGAAAUAUGCUAUUGUAAAAGAGCUUGACAAGGCUGUGAGUCUCAAGGACGGAACAGUUGCCCUUCAGUUUGAGGCUCGUUUGCAGAAUGGCCUUGAAUGUGGUGGCGCAUAUCUCAAGUAUCUUCGACCUCAGGAGGCUGGAUGGACACCAAAGGGAUUUGACAAUGAAUCUCCUUAUUCUAUAAUGUUCGGUCCUGAUAGGUGUGGGGCCACAAACAAGGUUCACUUCAUUUUCAAGCACAAGAACCCCAAAAGUGGGGAAUAUGUCGAACACCAUCUCAAGUUUCCCCCUUCUGUCCCAUCCGACAAACUAACUCAUGUCUACACUGCUGUAUUCAAGCCUGACAAUCAGUUACAAAUUCUGAUUGAUGGGGAGGAAAAGAAAACGGCUAAUUUCUUGUCUUCUGAGGACUUUGAGCCUCCACUUAUCCCACCAAAAACUAUCCCUGAUCCUGAAGACAAGAAACCUGAGGACUGGGAUGAGAGAGCUAAGAUUCCUGACCCUAAUGCAGUUAAGCCAGAUGACUGGGAUGAGGAUGCACCCAUGGAAAUUGAAGAUGAAGAAGCUGAGAAACCUGAAGGGUGGUUGGACGAUGAGCCUGAAGAGAUCGAUGAUCCGGAAGCCACUAAACCAGAAGAUUGGGAUGAUGAGGAGGAUGGUGAAUGGGAGGCGCCAAAGAUUGAUAACCCUAAGUGUGAAGAGGCUCCUGGAUGUGGCGAGUGGAAGAGGCCAAUGAAGAGGAACCCAGCUUAUAAAGGAAAAUGGCACGCCCCUCUUAUUGAUAACCCCAAUUACAAGGGUAUAUGGAAGCCGAGGGAAAUUCCAAAUCCUGAUUUCUUUGAACUCGAAAAACCUGAUUUUGAUCCUAUUGCUGCAAUUGGCAUUGAAAUCUGGACUAUGCAAGAUGGCAUUCUGUUCGACAACAUUUUGAUAGCAGACGAUGACAAGGUUGCAGAGUCAUAUCGUGAGACUACAUGGAAGCCUAAGUUUAAUGCUGAGAAGGAGAAACAGAAGGCCGAAGAGUCGACUGGCAGUGAUAGUUCAGGCUUCCAGAAGAAGAUAUUCGAUCUCUUGUACAAGAUUGCAGACAUUCCCUUCUUAAGUUCUCACAAGUCUAAGAUAUAUGAAAUCAUUGAAAAGGGAGAAAAGCAACCAAAUGUGACUGUCGGAGUUCUUGUCGCCGUGGUCGCGGUCUUCUUGACAGUUGUCUUCAAGAUCCUAUUUGGCGGGAAGAAGAAGCCUGCAAAGGCAAAGAAGACGAGUGGCGAACCCACUGAAUCGUCGAAUGAGCAAAGCAGUGAAGUGAAGGAGGAGAACGAAGAGAAGGAGGAAACAUCUGGGGCUCCACGCAGGAGAACAAAGAGAGAUGAUUGAAAUGACUGAAUCAGUGAUCCCAUAUCAGCAUAACAUAAAUUUUGAGCUGGGUUGGGUGUUUGGUCCACAUUCAGUUGCGCCUUUUCGUUAUUAUUAUGCACAGGGAGAGUAAAUCAGACAUUCUAUUAGGCUUGCUGGUCUUUUUCCUUUCUUUUUUUUUCUUUGUUUUGUUUUGUUCUGGAGAAUUGAGUAUUUGAGUUACUUGACACUGUACACUUUAUUUUCUCUAAUGUUUCCAGGUAGAAUGGAAUAUGUGGCAUCAUUCGCAUUGUUAA